AUGACGCUGGCUGAUCAGUCCCCUGCAGAUGAAGAAGCUCUCCAGGCAGUCGCCAAUGGCGGCUCCAUGGACCUAGAGAAAUGGAGUGGCAUGGUAGGGCCUUUACUGGAGCGUCUGGAAAACAUCGUAUACAAUGUGUUUCCUAUGCCCAAAGUGCCUCCAGGGUCGUACAACCACCAACUGUUCCAACAGCCAUCCCAGACCUCUGAGACGACCACUGUCCCGCCCGAAAGCAGUAAUAAGGAGAAUACUGCUCCGGGCGAUCUGCAAACUACUCCAGCGCCAACCCAUUCUUUGCCACCGACCGAGAGCGUGCCUGACUCGCAGCCUGAGUCAACACAGCCGUCGAGCGACUUACUACCACCACCACUUGCCCUUCUCCUGAGCUCUAUCAAGUCGGCGAUUCAGUCUUUUUUCCUGAGCAAGCCGCCGCAUACUAUCCAGCGAUUUGCGGAGCUUAUUCUCCACCCGACAGCUCACUAUAGGACAUUACCUGCUUAUCUCCGAGCUGUGGACCGUGUGGUUUCGGUGACUAGCGGCAUAGACGUUUUUCCUGCUAGCAUCUUGGAAAACACCACCCCCAGCGGACAGUCGAACGGACUCGCGCACCCCGCGAACAGUGCCGGGACCUACCUAACUACGGACUAUGCGUCUGGUUUAGGGAGCGACGAGUCUCUGGGUGGUGCGCUACUCACCCCGAUUCCGUGGCUCACCAACGCCUCGUUCGAGGGUGACGAGGUCUCCGGGUUGGAGGAGGAGCAAGCUGUACCAACACAACCACAAGAGAUGGAAAGCGACGAUAACAAUAUCGCAUCUGCGAAAGAAACUACGACAACCUUUACUGAUGUCGAAGAGGCUGCUCAUCGUACUGGUCAGCGUAAUUCUACCUCGCCACCAGCAGAAUCUCCAGACGAAGUCCCCCAUGCUCGUGGCCCGGCACUCUUGGGCGUUCAGGAUAUGGGCCUGCAAGAUGGAAAAGGUGUGGAGGUUAAUCUUGGUGACCUAAAUAACCAAUCUGCUCUAGGCGAAGGUGCCUCCGAUGUCUUGGUCUCGGCCUCCACCGAAGUAGUACAGGAGGCUAACGCCCCCGAUGGAGAUGGGGACAUCGUCCUCGACGACUCUACGCCCAAGGAACAGACAGGCAAGACAGAGAAUUCGACAGAAACAACCCAGGAUGACUUCGGAAUUACCGAGUCAACACAAGCAUCAGACUCCGAGAAGAAGAACUGA